ACACUACUGGACGCGUUUUGGGAGUUUAAACGGAAGCUCUGGGGCCUAAGAAUAUCACUGCGCGUGAACAAUCUCGAACAGUUCAAUCUCUCUCUCAAUUCAGCAGCUCUCCUCUCUCUUCAACGAUGAAGAACCGAAGCAGCAAAAAAUUCUCUGCGAAAUGGAUUCCUAUUAUAUGCGUCCUCUGCUUUUGCUUUGGAAUGCUCCUCACUAACAGAUUGUGGACUCCACCCGAAUCCAACAGCCAACUGAUUUCGAGGCGUCAACAUGAACAGGAGCUGCAAAUAAUUUCCGAGGGUUGCACGACCAAGAAGAAGCCGACGCAAGAAAGGGAUGUAAUGGAGGAGGUGCAUAAGACUCACGAAGCAAUUCAAUAUCUGGACAAGUCGAUUUCAAUGCUUCAGAUGGAGUUGUCGGCAACCAGGAAUUCCCAGGAGAUGAGGAGCUCGGACGGAUCUGGUGCUAUCUCGACUUCAUCUAGUGGAGUCUCAGAAAGGAAGAAGGUGUUUGUGGUAAUUGGAAUUAACACUGCUUUUAGCAGUAGAAAGCGACGUGACUCUGUUAGAGCAACUUGGAUGCCUCAAGGGGAGAAACUUCUUCAAUUGGAGCGGGAGAAGGGAAUCGUUAUCAGGUUUAUGAUUGGCCACAGUGCAACACCCAACAGCAUCUUAGAUCGAGCCAUUGAUUCUGAAGAUGCUCAUCAUAAUGACUUCCUCAGGCUGGAACAUGUUGAAGGGUAUCAUGAAUUGUCCGCAAAAACAAAAAUAUUCUUUUCAACUGCUGUAGCAAAAUGGGAUGCUGAAUUCUAUGUCAAAGUGGAUGAUGAUGUCCAUGUCAAUUUGGGUAUGCUAGUUGCUACUCUUGCCCACCACCAUUCAAAACCAAGAGUUUACAUUGGGUGUAUGAAAUCUGGACCUGUUCUUUCACAAAAGAAUGUAAAGUACCAUGAACCAGAAUACUGGAAGUUUGGAGAGGAGGGGAACAAGUAUUUCCGGCAUGCAACUGGGCAGAUUUAUGCAAUCUCAAAAGAUCUGGCCACAUACAUCUCGAUCAACCAGCCCAUAUUGCACAAAUAUGCCAAUGAAGAUGUGUCUCUUGGUUCGUGGUUUAUCGGUCUUGAAGUUGAGCACAUUGAUGAACGCAAUAUGUGCUGUGGGACUCCACCAGAUUGUGAGUGGAAGGCCCAGGCAGGGAAUGUCUGUAUUGCAUCAUUUGACUGGAGCUGCAGUGGAAUUUGCAACUCAGUAGAGAAAAUCAAAGACGUUCAUGCAAGGUGUGGUGAAGGGGAUGGGGCUGUUUGGAGUGAUUUUUUAAAUUAAAUAUGGCAGGAAGGUGUUUAUUGGACAGUGAGGGGGUGAAACCAUUGAUUUCCAGUCAGCUAAAAAGAUAACAAAGGCAGUUGUGGGAGAGAAAGAAAUGCACGCAGAAAUAGCAGUCCAGUCUCUUCCACAUUUUGGAAGGCCUUGUAGAGUUGAUUAGCAAGAUGGAAACUAUUUCUUUUACAGACUACUGGCUGUUGAUUAGAUUCGGCAUUGAUUUAAGAAAAUCGAUUUUUUUUUUUUUUUUGGGAGCAAAUAUUAGAGGUUUUAUUUAUUCUUUAUUGUUGGAGUUGAAUGUACAUGUAAUUGGGGUGUUGGGUGUUGUAACAUACACAAAAGAAAGAUGUCUUUAAAUUAAUCCCUUCUUUGGACUGCCAUCCUUCAUGUAGCGGGAGGAAGAUGACGUUAUUGAAGUCAAUUUUCUUCUCUGAUUGUAACUUCCAAUGUUAUUGAAGUCAUCAGAUUUAUAGUUGGUAAUC